AUGCCACUGAUCUUGACAUCCUCGAAGCCUACGGUAUACCGUAUCAGGGAGAGAUCCAAUACGCGUCCUCCGGUGGUUCGCGAAGCGAUUCCGUCCAGCACUCUAAUGAAAUGCUACCAGAAACGAUGCUCCAUGGCUGUCAUCACGAACAGGUACCUGACUUCUGAAACAUGUCUCUGGGGCUCAAAACCAAUGGUCUUUUUGCAGGGUUGUGCUCGGUCAGAAGAUGCUGAUUCGACGCUACGAUCAACUUUCCCUCAGCAGUCGUCCGUGUCUCUUCACGAUUUACGAACGGCUGGCAUCAAGCCGCCUCCAGGAUACAUUGACGAACGCACCGACAACGAUGGCAACGUUGUCGUGAUGCCAUCUUUGCAAUGGAGUACCACCGACCAUCAGAUGCAGAGAUUGAGUGCAUCCGGCCAGGCAAGGAGUGAACCCAAGAUCGAUUCUGAUUUGUGGGGCCACCCUUCUGUAGCCGUGGCGCUACUGGACAGUCAAAUCACAGCCAAUGGUGGCCGUCUGUUCACCAAGAAAUCUGCUAAUGGCGUCAUCAACAGGGUCCAUUCCAUGCCGGCUCAUUACCACGUUGUCAACGGAUAUCAUAGAACGAAACCAGGACGCUCCAUCCGUCUGUGGUUUCGAAACCAAAAGGGCUCUUCUGUCAUAAAAUCCCUCGGUGGAACAGAGAAGGAACGGCGUAAAGACAGAAGAUGUAUUCUGCCAAUUGUUCGGGCACACACGCGAUUGGACAAGGGCACGUUGCUGUCGAGCGUAGCCUCGAGCAGAAAAGAACAGAAUCCGCAUCUGGGACGAGACCCAACGUUGUUCAGUCAAUUGCGGUUGGGCCGAUGGCCGCCGAAGCUGCUGGAGGGACAACCGGCAUUUCCUCCAGCGUCGGCCACACAAUUUGCCACCCACGAUUAUUUCAUUGAUGAGGAGGGGUUGAGCACAGAGCGCCUGCGCGACUUCCCCAUGAUGCAUCGACUUCUACGAGAAUCCAAUAGUCUUCUUAGUCAUCAGCGAAGACCGUCGUCGUGCAUUGACCUCACAUCCGAAUAUGUCACUCACUUGCCAAUGCCGGUCUUGACAGGCAAUUUCCAUGUUCCACUUCAUCGAGGCGACUAUUUCCCUGAUUCAGCUGUGCAUAACUAUGCACCAUAUAUGAGAACACCUAACUUAAUGCCAGCAACAUAUGCAUGGCGACCUCCUGCUCCAGCGGCCGUCAUGGAUCUUCCACCACCUCCACCGUAUCCUGCUGGCCGAAAGGCACCAAUGGUCAUGUGA